AUGGCGAUGGAAAAUGAAAUAUCUAUUUUCAUUAACGAUGUUUUAUCAUAUCUCGCGGUUGGGAAAGAUAUGUUUAUCGAAUUAAAGCGAAAUUUAUUUACUGCAGAGGAUGACUACGCAAAUGUUUUAUGCCAACGAUGCACUGCAUUCAUCGAUGGUUUAUCAAUAUUAUCAGGAAAUUCUCUUUGGUCAAGGCCAGUUGGGGACACUUACAUUGCUGAUGAUAUGUGCAACCUGAUUAUAGAACUUCAACGAAUGCAUGACAUACUGCAAGAACGAGUUGAAACUGCUCCUACCGAGAACAGUCGUUACACCUGUGGAUACGAAAGAGGAAGUCGUCGAAGAGGAAGACCAAGGUUCUUAAUUCCUGAAAGGCAGUUGGUGGGCCUUCGAUCCUUAAAUUUUACAUGGAAACAAAUCGCAGAAAUGUUAGGUGUUUCAGAGAAAACUUUGCGUCGUCGUCGUAUAGACUCUGAUUUGCCUGUAUGUGAGAAUAAUUAUUCAAACAUCACAGAUGAAGAACUAGAUAGGACAAUAAGCUUGAUACUUGGAACCUCCCCAAAUUCUGGAGAACGAAUGGUAACAGGAGCACUAGUGUCUCAAAAUGUUAGAGUACAAAGAUCCAAGAAUUCGUGCCUCCAUUAA